AUGUCCGGCACGAUCAAGGCUGCAAACUCGGACCUCGACCUCUCGGGCAAGCGCUGCGUCGUCGUGGGUGGGACUCAAGGCAUUGGGCUCGCCAUUGCGCGUCGCCUGUCUGCGGCGGGCGGCAAUGUCGUCAUCGUUGGCCGCAAGGCUCCAUCCGACGUGCCCCCUACCUGGUCAUUCGUUCACGCCGACCUAUCCCUUGUCACAGGAGCCCUCGGUCUCGUCAACGACCUUACAGCGGUCGGUCCAAUCGACUACCUCUUCCAGACACAGGGUGGAUUCAUGGCAACUGAGCCCGUCAUGACCACCGAGGGGCACGAAGGACGAUUCAUGGUCCAGGUCGCGUCCAAGUUUGCCCUUACCCGCGGCCUGGCCGACGCCCGUGCACUGCAUGGCCCUACCGUCAUUGUCUGCGCCCCCGGUGGCCACUCCAAGACGUUCGAUGUCGAUGACAUCCAGCUCGAGAAACUCUUCGACAAGGGCAAGGCGAGCAUUGUUGCCGUGGCCGAGCGCGACAGUGUGGUUCUCGAUGCCUUUGUGCAAGAGUUCAACACCCGAUAUCCCAAGCAUCCCGUGUAUCACGUGUGGCCCGGGCUUGUGGACACCAACUGCCUCUCGAAUUCAACACUCGGGCAGCCACUGCGGUUCUUCAUGCAACUCUUCAACCCCAUCGGCAUGUUCCUUAUGGGCUCCAAGCCCGAUGUGUUCGCCGAGAUGCCCGUCUGGCUCGCAACAAAGGGCGGGGAGGCCGGCGCGCCAAAGGUCAUCAACAACAAGCUCAAGCCCAUGAAGCCGACGCCAGCGACAAACGAUCCUGCCAUGCGACAGCGUAUCUGGGACGAUGUGUUCAAGCUUUACAAGUGA